AUGGCGAUGUAUUCUAAAUCAACGAUAGAAACAGCUCAGAUGCUUUAUUACCAUACGGCGCGUAGCACGGAAUAAGAGGCAGCGUUUCUUGAAGAACGUGGAAAUGAAUCGCUUUUAUGUGUCACACGCUUGCUGGUCUUUCAAAAAUAUAAAUGCUUCAUUUUCCAGUUAAUUUUCCAACAAGGUUACCGGAGAAGAUGCCUUCGGUGGCUAUUCUGUUGCUCGUUUUAACUUUAUUUUCGAAUUCAAAAGCCGAUCAAGAUUUCGAUGUUCGUCAACACCUCUCUACUGUGACAAGAUAUGGUGCAGUGAAAGAUAUUGUUGACAAUUCCUUCGUACCCUCUGAUUUUCCUGUUGGAUGUACUCCUAUCCACUUAAAUCUUGUGGCAAGACAUGGAACUCGUUCUCCUACUAAGAAGCGUAUGAGAGAGUUGGAAAAGUUGGCUUCUCAUAUACAGGAACGUCUAAAAGAUGCUAAAGAAAAGAAUUUGUCCCUACUGAAAGUCCCUGCGUGGUUACUGAAAUGGGAAUCUCCCUGGAAAGGAAAAUUGAAGGGUGGAGAAUUGGAUAGCAAAGGAGAGGAGGAAUUGUAUCAGCUUGGAAUCAGGGUUAGGGAAAGAUUUCCUGAUAUAUUUAAUGAGGAAUACCACCCUGAUGUGUAUCCCAUAAAGACUACGCAGGUACCUCGGGCUUCUGCUAGUGCUGUGGCAUUUGGCAUGGGACUAUUUAGUGGCAAAGGAAGUCUAGGGCCAGGGCGUUAUCGAGCUUUUGCUGUUACAAGUGAAAGUCGUGCAAGUGACAUAAUCCUGAGGUUUUUUGAUUGUUGUCAAACCUAUAAGGACUUUAGGAAAAACCAAGAGCCUGCUGUUGAUAAGCUGAAAGAACCAAUCCUUGCUGAGAUUACCUGUGCAUUAGCAAAGCGGUAUGAGUUCAAUUUCACAAGACAGGAUAUAUCCUCUCUCUGGUUUCUGUGCAAACAGGAAACGUCCUUGUUGGAUAUAACUGAUCAAGCUUGCAAUCUUUUCAGUCCCAAUGAGGUUGCUUUGCUUGAGUGGACGGAUGAUUUAGAGGUGUUUAUGUUGAAGGGCUACGGUGAAUCCUUAAAUUAUAGAAUGGGAGUGCCUUUGCUGAAAGAUGUCGUGCAAUCCAUGGACCAAGCUAUCAAGGCUAAAGAAGAUAACCAAGCUCCUGGCAGUUAUGAGAAGGCAAGACUGCGUUUUGCACAUGCAGAAACUGUGGUUCCUUUUUCAUGCUUGCUUGGGCUUUUCCUUGAAGGAUCUGAUUUCCAGCGAAUACAAAGGGAGGAGCCUUUGGGUCUCCCUUCUAAGCCUCCUCAUAAAAGAAAUUGGAGAGGGAGCAUUGUGGCACCUUUUGCUGGGAAUAAUAUGCUAGUCUUAUACAGCUGUCCCACUAAUUCUUCAAGCAAAUACUUCAUGCAAGUCCUACACAAUGAGCAUCCGAUCCCAAUGCCUGGUUGUGAUGGUACUGAUUUCUGUCCAUUCGAAGUUUUCAAGGACAGAAUUGUGCAUCCUCAUUUAAAGCACGAUUACAACACCCUUUGCAAUGUCAAUCUUGAUCAGCCAAAGCAGAAGCCUGAAACCAGUAAGUUGUCGCAACUGUUCCGAUGGCUCUUUUGGCCAGGGAACAAUGAUUCACCAUCCCACACAGUUGAAUUGUAGUUUGCUAAUCAAUAAACAAAAAAAGGUGUAAUUCUUACUCUUUUUUCCUUGUUGCCACUCCAUUCUUAGUGUGAUUUUCAGCUACGGCGACAACUACUGUAGCAGAGUUUCAUUCUAGAUUGACUCCAUUGCUAACACAAAACCAAUUUUGCUGCAACAAGAUUUCUUGGUAUGAUGGUUUUUUCUGAUUGAAGGGUUCAUGUAGGAGUCGUCAGAUUCUCAACAUUAUAGUAUCUUUUUUUCUCAACAUUAUGCUACUGAUUUGCAACAAAAACUGAACACUUCAAUCAUAAGUUAUGAUACAUUGGUGAAUAAAUAUCUACAUUUUGUACAUGUUGCAGUAACUUUAUUUUAGUUUCUUGAGGAGGUUCAAGGCUUCAUGUAUUGGUAUGGUGGAGGAAUUAUUUUUCUCCCUUCACAUCCUGUGUCAAGCAAGAAAAGAAAAUAUAAUACUCGAAAGAAAUGCUUAGUCUAACAUUCUUAUUAGGGCUGUAAUCAAGUCGAGUUGAUAAAGUAAAAAGUUCAAAUUCAAGUUCAAGCUCAAUUUAAAAUUCGUUGCUCUCGAUUUGAGCUUGAUUUAGUUUUAAAUUUCAAGUUUGAACUUGAGAUAAAAGUUGAUUAACCCUAGUUCAUUCUAUUAGGUUCGUUUAUUAAAUAAAAAACGAGUUAGAUUUUCAUGUUCAACUUUAAAUUUGA